AUGGCCUGGGGAGCCCCAUGCCUCCUUCUGCCACCUGUCCUGCUGGUGUUCCUGGCCUCAGGUUCCCAGGGACAGCAAGUUGUGCCUGAGGAGCUCCGUGACAUGGCAGGGCAGACACUCUCGGUGCGAUGCCAGUACUCUCCCACGGGAGGAUCCUACAGGCAGAAAACCUGGUGUCGGCAGAUAUCUCCAAAUCGCUGUACCAGGUUAGUCACCAGCUCUGAGCCCCGAACAGCAGUAACUCAGGAUUCUCGCUACACGAUCUGGGAUGUGCCAGAUGCUGGUUUCUUCAACAUCAGCACAGCUCAGCUGACCGAGAGGGACUCCGGCUUCUACUGGUGUGGACCCUACAACUCGUCUGAAAACACCAUCGCAGUUCUCAGAAACAUCAGCCUGCUGGUGUCUCCAGUCAUGCACCUUGAGACUGUCAUGGCCUCUCCUUCGCCACAGAAAUAG